UAGAAACCAAAAUGAUACAAUAUCACUAGACAGUUUUGUCCAUGGCACAGAGUCCAUGGAGAGUUGAAAACGUUUCCAUAACAACCGAGACAAUUUCCAAAUCGCCUUCAAGGAAAACUUGUUUUCUUGCGAUUAUAUUAUUCUGUGUUUAUUGCACAGGUGUACUGUUACUGAUAAAGUUAUUUUAGUACGUUUUAUUUUUAAUCGAAACAAUCAUGGCUAUGACUACUGCAUCUCCUCCCAAUAUUUCCGCACGGAUAUUUUAUGGUCUUAGAACAGACAUACAGUACAAUGCGCAUUAUUUGUCUGAAUCAGAGAUUCUGUACCCAGCCGGUGGGGUGCUAGUUAUUCACAAUCACCUACAAAAGAAACAGAAGUUCAUUAGACUUCAGGACAAGCAUAAACCUAUAAAAUCGUUGGUGUUGGCACCUAACAGACGAUGGCUGGCCAUGAACGAGAUAGCUGAAGAAGGGCAGAAACCAAUAAUAACCAUCUACGAUCUGACGACAUACAAAAGGCGCAAGAUUCUUACCGUGCCCUUUGAGAAUGUCACAGCUAGGGAAUUCGCCUGCGUGCAGUUCACAUUCGACUCAAAGUACCUGAUAGCGGUAACGGGAGAACCGGAUUGGUAUUUGUAUUGCUACAAUUGGGACAAAGGAAAAGUGGAAAGCCAUGCUAAAGCGCAGAAUCCUAAUGGAACUGGAACAGUUGAGAGUGUUCAAUGUAAUCCUUCAGACAACACAUUGAUCGUAAUAACAGGCAGUUAUACCUUUCGUAUAAUGAAUGUCGCCGAAACAGUUUGGCGCCAAUGGGGCUGGUGCAAAGCUGAAAACAUAAUAAUCACUACUUGCAUGUGGCUGACCCCGGACCGAAUCAUGUUCGGUACUCACAGCGGUAUGAUCAUGGUGGUGGAGAAUGGAGACUUGCGGCAGAACUGCAUCUUCCGCGCCUGGGACGUGUUGGAGAUGUCGCUGAAGAAAGUUGAAGUCGAGGCAUUGGGGACCGAAGAUGGCGACAAGACGAGUACUUCGAGCAAACAGGACGCAACCAGCGAGAUGGCCAUUAUGGAGGAACAACACCCAGUUACCAAUCUAGUCAACUUUCCAAAAGGAUUCGCUUACGCUGCGGGACCAGGCUUCGUCCAUAUGUUCGAGAAGGAAACCUUGCAUCACUGGAGGAAGCGAAACGUAUUCAGAAUUUGCAAAAAAUCUUACAAGCACACCCGAGAGCAUCCUAUGUGGUCACCACUCGAUGCCAUACAGCAUAUCACUGUGGAUCCCAACCAGGAAACUUUGCUUAUCACUACUCUCCGAAAGCAGCUGUAUUAUGUGAAAUUAUUUGGACUACAUAUGUUACAGAACCCCGAAAUAAUAUUCAACGAGCUGGGACCCUCUAUGCACUAUGGGAAAAUAAACGCCUUAGCGAUGUGCGCUUGGAAGCCUAUUUUCAUGACUGCUGGCGAACAAGAUAAGAGCAUUCGUAUCUGGAACUAUAUGACAGAUGACGUCGAGAUGAUAAAGUUGUAUCAAGAAGAGAUUCAUUGCGUUUCUUUACAUCCAACAGGGUUGUUCGCAAUAGUGGGAUUUUCCGAUAAAUUGCGCUUUAUGGUAGUAUUGAUCGACGAUUUCGAAGUAAUGCGAGAAUUCCCUAUUCGUAACUGCAAGCAGGCUAAGUUCAGUACCAACGGUCAUCUUUUCGCCGCUGUCAACAGCCAAGUCAUCCAAGUAUUCUCGUCUGUGUCCUUUACAAACGUAUUCAACUUAAAAGGUCACAAUGGCAGGAUAACAUGUCUGGCGUGGUCAGCAAACGAUUUAAUUCUGGUUUCCUGUGGAGCCGAAGGUGCAGUAUACGAAUGGAGUAUGUCUACAGGUCAGCGAGUUGGAGAAGUCAUAUUGAAAACCAACCAAUUCAACGGAUGUGUCGUUAAUAGUGUCGGCAAGACUACUUACGCAGUAGGAACGGACGGAGAAAUUAAAGAAAUAGGGAAUAAUACCAUUAGAAGGAAUUUACCUUUGAUUGGAUGCUCGCUUAACACGAUUGUGCUGUCUCGUUCUGAUAUGAUGUUAUUCUCUACUGGUGGAGAAGGCGGGGUUACGACCAUUCAGCUGCCGCUGCUUGAUAAAGCAAUCUACAACGAAUUUCACAUGCACAACGCCAAAGUGACAUGCAUAUGCCUAGCAUACGACGACCAGACAUUAGUUUCGGUUGCUGAGGACUCGUCAAUUUGUUUAUGGAGACUAACGAAUGCUGAUGGCAGAGCAGUCGCGCUCGACAAAGACUUCGCUUACUCCAAGGAGAUAUUAAUCAGCAAGAAAGAUUUACAGGAGAAAAUAAAUAGCAUAAAUUUACUGAGCACGAGAAUGAGCGAGUUAGAAACAGAACAUACGUAUCAGUUACGUCAAGCAGAAGCAACACAGGCUGAAAAGUUGAAAGAAGUGCACGAGGGGUAUUGUGCUGCUAUAGAAGAACUCAAAGAAAAGAAUGAGGGAAUGGAAAACGAACACACUCAUGAAAUAGGCAUGAUUCAACAAGACAUUGCAAAAUUGCGUUCUGAUCAUGAGAGAGCGUUGCAAGCUUUGGAAGCCGAUUUCAAUGUCAGACUUAUUGGAGAAUACGACAGAUAUCAAAUUCUCGAAGACAAAACAGCUAGAAUGAGAAAAGAUUAUGAAGACCGACUUGAAGAACUUGCUGAAAGUAAACGGCAGGCUCUUAGGGAAAUGAACAACAUGUUUGAAGCUAAGUUGGAAGAAAAAGAUGUUCUGUUGCUAGAGUUACAAGAACAAGCUGAAUUGGAAAGAAGAGAACACGAAACGAUAAAAGCGUCGAUCGAAGACGAUGCAGAUCGAGAAAUUAUAGAAAUAAAAACUGCAUACGAAAUGCAACUGAAGGAAGAGAAAGACGCAAACGUACGACUAAAAGGUGAAACUGGACUGAUGAAGAAGAAACUCAUCAGUGCACACAAAGAAAUAGAUGAAUUUAAACAUCAAAUUGCGCAACUAAAAGCCGAGCAUAAACAGUUCCAAAAAGUAAUUUCGACUCUAGAAAGGGAUGUAACAGAUCUGAAAAAAGAAAUCUCUGAAAGAGACAGUACCAUUCAAGAUAAGGAAAAGAGAAUUUACGAACUGAAACGAAAGAAGCAAGAAUUGGAGAAAUACAAGUUUGUGUUGAACUUCAAAAUAACGGAAUUGAAAAACCAGAUAGAGCCGUUAGAACGCGAAAUCAAAGACAGCAAAUUACGUAUACUUGAACUGGAAGAAUCAUUAGAAAAUCUCUUGAAAGCGAAAGCUUUUCGUGAGCUAAAAAUAGUGCAAUUAAAUGAGAAACUGCAAUCUGCUAAAAAGGAUUAUUUGAGCGAAACCGACAGGACGUUGAUGUUGAAAAACACGUUAAAGAAAAUAAAAAUUGAUUUACACAACAUGACAGCGAAUUUCCAGGACCCUACAAAAUUAAAGCUGAAUGUAAAAGCUCUAUUCCACAAAUAUGUCGAGGAUAUAGAUUUUGUGCGCAGCCGCUUGGCGGAGGACGAAGCGAUUCGAGAGUUCAAUCGACAACGAGAUCAUUUGGAGAAGCAGCUGGCCUCAGUCAGGUUACAGCUAUCGAGGGCUGUCAGCGGCUCCAAGGGAGAUAUCAACAAAAUUAUGGAUGAAAACUGCACCCUUCUGUCGGAGAUUAACAACUUGCGCACAGAGCUCAAGUCGACGCGCACGCGCUGUUUCCAAAUGGAAUCGAUCCUAGGUCUGUCUGCGCGCUACGUGCCACCCUCGACCGCCAGGGCUAAGUUGAAACACGUGACCGAAGACCGGGAGAAAUUGGACGAGAAGUUCAACCAGAAGUAUCAGCAAAAGGAACAAGUGAUUUGUUCUCUAAAGGAAGAAAACGAGCGUCUUCUGGACAAAAUUCGAUGUAUGGAAGAACCACCGCAUCCUCCUACUGAAUUUCGACAUCAGCGCCCUACUAAGGAAGACCAUACGGAGGGGCAAUAAAUAUUACUUACAUUCAUAAUGGAUAUAUUGAUUGUAUAUUUUGGGAUUUCGGAUAA